AUGAAGCUGGGAGUCUGCCCAUCAACCCCGCCCCCCAAAACCCCAUUAGUGCUCAGCUCAGGGCUCAGCCAGAGGGCCCCUGGCUCAAUCUUGGCCUUCUCCUCAGGUGCUGCAUACAAGCUGAUCUGCUACUACACCAGCUGGUCCCAGUACCGGGAGGGUGAUGGGAGCUGCUUCCCAGACGCCAUCGACCCCUUCCUCUGUACCCACAUCAUCCACAGCUUUGCCAGCAUAAGCAACAAUGAGAUCGACACCUGCGAAUGGAAUGAUGUGACGCUCUAUGACACACUGAACACACUCAAGAACGGGAAUCCCAACCUGAAGACCCUUCUAUCUGUUGGAGGAUGGAACUUUGGUUCUCAAACCCUCUACUGGCGUGAUUUCGGUUCUAGAUUUUCCAAAAUAGCCUCCAACACCUGGAGUCUCAGAACUUUCAUCAAGUCAGUGCCACCAUUUCUGCGGACCCAUGGCUCUGAUGGACUGGACCUAGCCUGGCUCUACCCUGGGCGGAGAGACAAGCAGCAUCUCACCACUCUGGUCAAGGAAAUGAAGGCUGAGUUUGCAAGAGAAGCCCAGGCAGGAGCAGAGCAACUCCUGCUCAGCGCAGCAGUGUCUGCUGGGAAGAUUGCCAUUGACAGAGGCUAUGACAUCGCCCAGAUAUCCCGACACCUGGACUUCAUCAGCCUUUUGACCUACGACUUUCAUGGAGCGUGGCGCCAGACCGUAGCACAUCACAGCCCCCUAUUCCGAGGCCAGGAAGAUACAAGUUCUGACAGAUUCAGCAAUGCUGACUACGCUGUGAGCUAUGUGUUGAGGCUGGGGGCCCAGGCCAAUAAGCUGGUGAUGGGUAUCCCCACUUUUGGGAGGAGCUUCACCUUGGCCUCUUCCAAGACAGAUGUGGGAGCCCCGACCUCAGGGCCAGGAAUACCAGGCCGGUUCACCAAGGAGAAAGGGACCCUCGCCUACUAUGAGAUCUGCGACUUCCUCCGCGGAGCCACAGUCCAUAGACUCCUUGGUCAGCAGGUCCCCUAUGCCACUAAGGGCAACCAGUGGGUGGGGUAGGACGACCAGGAGAGCGUCAAAAACAAGGUGCGGUACCUGAGGAACAGGCAGCUGGCUGGCGCCACGGUGUGGGCCCUGGACUUGGAUGACUUUCAGGGCACCUUCUGUGGACAGAAUCUGCACUUCCACGUCACCAGUGCCAUCAAGGAUGCGCUUGCUGAGGCGUAGCCUUCGGUUCUUGGGCACACAGUGGGGCGGAGAUCACUUGGCUCUGACUGGCUAGGAGCCUGAUCACCUGCCCUGCUGGGUCCCCUGUUGAGCUUCAUUCUCCCUUCCUUGGGACCAUGCGGAGGGCCACAGCUCUGCCAUCUGAGCUCAGCUCCGGUGGGCAGGCAGGUAGGGGUGGGGAUGUGGGACCCACACAGUGUAAGACACGGGUCAGCACAUAACUGCUGAUUAAGGAGAAUGCUCAACGACUCCAAGCCCCACACAAGGAGAUUUCUUCAACUCCCUUACCCCAAGGCCUCCAUGCCUAAGGACACCAUUUUGGCAGGCUCUACCACCGCAGAGUGAAAUAUCUUACAAGAAGCAGCAACCACACUAAUUAUAUCCUCUGCAAAGCCCAACUUGAAACCUUUACUCAGGAACAUAAUCAUGACCCCAUUCCACUUCCCUUUCCUGAUUCUGCAGCUGCUCAGUAAAGCACUGGGGCUCACCUGUUAUUAACGCUGCUUCAGUCUAUCUUUGCUGUCCCACUGGAUCCACGGGGCUCACCUCCCCCAUCUCUUCUGGAUUCCUCUCUCUCAGGCUUGGUAGUCCUGAGCUGCAGAAAAUGAGACCACCCUGUCCUCUGCCGGGCCCCAAGAAGUCCCCAAAAGAGGCAAGCAUCACCAGACCCAUCAGUCAUGGACUUAACCCAAGAGGGCUGAUGGGUUUCCAGAUCUUAAAGUCAUUGUUAUCCAGACUUCUCGAUACAGUUCCUUGUUGAAAGAAGCCUUUUCUGUUUCCAGGGGCUAGCAGGCACUAGGAAGGAAACCCUUUAACACCAACCCUUCAUCUCCUCUCACCUCGGGGAGGUGUAGGAGCCAACACAGGGUCAGGUUAGAGAGAGCCCUGACCUUGGACUCUCAGGGCUAGAAGGAAACACCUAUGUUAUCUCAUAUACCCUCCCUCCGUCCCAGGCCUAGAGCCUCUACAGGGCUUGAGAACUAGCCUUUCAACCUCCCCCCACACUCUCAGUGACC